GGUGUUGGAUCUCCCAUGGGAAUCUGGUCAACGUAUCUUUGUUCACGUCGUCCCCAGCCAUUCCAGGUUCUUUCUGCCUGCCUGCCCUGCCCCCCCUCUCGCGUUCUAUUUAUAGACCAACAUUCCGAAAUUAAAAUCCCCUCAAAUUAGAACACGUAACGAAAAACCUCCGCUCAAUCUCAUUAUCCUCCGAGACUGAUCGCUAAUCCAAGUCAUUGAUCACCAAUUAGUACGAGAAAGAAAAACGAUGCCGAGCAAGCUGAAGAAAGCUAUCGGGGCUGUGAAGGAUCAGACGAGCAUCAGCCUUGCUAAGGUCGCCAACGGCACCGUCUCCGGCGACGGAGCUGCUCUCGGGGUCGCCAUCCUCAAGGCCACGUCACACGAAGACCUCCCAAUCGACGACCGCCACGUGUCCGACAUCCUCUCCAUCAUCUCCUCCGACAAGAUCCACGCCGCCGCCUGCGCCGCCGCCAUCGGUCGGAGGGUCGGCCGGACUCGGAAUUGGAUCGUCGCUCUGAAAUCUCUCGUCCUCGUCCUCAGGAUCUUCCAGGACGGAGAUCCCUAUUUCCCGCGCGAGGUCCUCCACGCCAUGAAACGUGGCGCCAAAAUCCUCAACCUCGCCAGUUUCCGCGACGAUUCCAACUCCCGCCCUUGGGACUACACCGCCUUCGUCCGCACCUUCGCGCUCUACCUCGACGAGAGACUCGAUUGCUUCCUAACCGGGAAACUGCAGAGACGGUUCACGAACCGGGACCAAAGCCAAACCGGAACAACUUCUCGGUUCGCCGUCAAGAACAACGAACCUGCGAUUCGAGACAUGAAACCGGUGAUGCUCCUCGACAAGAUCACCUAUUGGCAGAGACUGCUCGACAGAGCGGUCGCGACGCGGCCGACAGGAGCGGCGAAAUUGAACAAGCUCGUGAAGACGUCGUUGUACGCAGUGAUUCAAGAGAGUUUCGAUCUGUACAAAGACAUUUCAGAUGGAUUGGCUCUUCUUUUGGACAGUUUCUUCCAUUUGGAGUACCAAUCUUGCGUCCAGGCGUUUCAAGCAUGCGUUCGAGCCUCCAAGCAGUUCGAAGAGCUCAACGGAUUCUACGAUCUCUGCAAAUCGAUCGCCAUUGGACGUACCUCGGAAUAUCCGAGCGUUCAGAAGCUUUCCAUGGAGUUGCUCGAGACUUUGCAGGAGUUUCUGAAGGAUCAGACGUCGUUUCCGACGAACGUUAGGUCUAGCGUUCUCCCGCCGUCGAGAUCUUCGAGAGAUUCGAUGGUUUCGAGCUCCCUUGAACACGGAGAUUCGUUUGAUAUGUCGGAUAGAUAUUCAGAUUACGGGUCGUAUUGCAGUACGUUGGAGGAUCUGAUGAACAAGACAGAAGCAGAGGCGAGCAGCCCUCCAAUGUCGUGUUAUUCUGAACCCUACGAGAGUCGAGAAGAUCUCGGGACUAGUUUCGACACUGUUUCCACUAAAUCUCUUCCAAACGAUCCUUCUGUUCCGAAUCCGUCGACAAUGGAGCUCGUAUCGUUAGAAGAUCUCGACCCCGAAACAAAAGACGAUAAGGAAAAUCAAGAAAAUCCAAAGGCUGAACCGAAUGAUCCUUGGGAGGCGUUGAUGUUGAGAGGCGAUCGCGGCAAGAACGCGACGAACGUUCCUCAAGAACCCUCACCCUCAGAUGAUCAGAAAGAUUCCGGGAACUGGUUGCUUGCGCUGGAAGAAACCGCGACAACUAAGCAAAUACAGGUCGAUGACUCAACGGCAUUGGCGCCAUCUCCUGUCCAAACAGUCCCGGACCAAUACAAUCCGUUCUUGGAAGAUCAAGACGAUCCCGAUUCCGUUACUGUACCGGAAAAUAUGACCGGAGGAGGAGAGGCCGCAACGUUUCAGGCGGAACCCACGUUUCGGGCAAACGCCGCCGAGGAUUUGGAGUCGUGGUUUGCUCUUCCCACGGUGACGAGUUCGUCGGAGGAACGUGACCCUUUUGCAAAUUUGGAAAGUUUUGGGGCCGGAGAGACAAUUGUAGGAAAUGGGCAAUAUGUGUUGCAAGAACAGCAACAGUGGUUGCAGAACCAAGACAAGAUCAUAUCUAAGCAUUUUAACUGAAUGUAACCUCUUCUUUUCUCUUAAUGUUUUUAUUUUCUUGGUUAUGUAAUGUUAAUUCGUUAUAUUAGAUUUAUGGAGAUUUUGAUGUUAGAUAUUUAGGUUUGUGUGAUUACGUUUCGUCGGCGUAAUUCGAACAACUUGA